AUGGCGGUGCAAGAAAUCUGGUGAAAAUGGACAUUUUGUGAAACGGAGUGUAAGGAAGGGUACGUGGUUUGCUGAAAGUCGUUUGAGUAUGGGUGAGAUUUUAUUGAUUUCUUAUUAUUGGGUGAAUAGAUUGCCAGUUGACUAUUGGAUUUCGGAUUUAGAAAUUAGCAGUAGGACUGCAGCUGAUUGGAAUUCUUUUUGUAGGGAAGUGUGCGUGGAAUUUUGCGAAAAUGAUAUGGGUAUGCUUGGUGGUAUGAAUGUUAUUGUGGAAAUUGAUGAGAGUAAGUUUGGGAAGCGGAAGUAUCAGAGAGGUAGGAGAGUGGAAGGAAAAUGGGUGUUUGGUGGGAUUGAAAGGGGUAGUAAUAAAUGUUUUUUUAAGGUUGUGCGAGAUAGAAGUAAAGAUUGUUUAUUAAGUUUUAUAAAAGAAUAUAUUCUACCGGGUACUAUAAUUAUUUCAGAUUGCUGGAAAUCGUAUGAAUGUUUGGAAGAUGAAGGUUUUAAACAUCUUGCUGUGAACCACAAAUAUUAUUUUAAAGAUCCGGAAACAGGUGCACAUACCAAUACAAUAGAGGGCACGUGGAGUGCUAUAAAAAGCGCCAUUCCGAGGCAUUGUGAUAAAGAGAAUUUUGGAUGGUUCACUGUAACAGGUGACAACACUAUUCCUGAAGGUGGCUUUCCUGACACGACUAACUUGCCUCCUUCAAAAAGGCAGCUGGUCCACACAGAAAAUGUGCUUAUCAACUAA